GUGCGCUUGGUUUGUGAUAUUUAGGUUCGGAUCUGAAUAUUCUGAAUUAUUAUUUUAUAUUUAAACAUUUUUCUCAGGAUUUCUAGCUAUGGCUGGCCAAUUAUUAAAAACUAUUAAUUUUAUGAAUGGAUGGGUUUUAUCAAACGCUAGUAGUAGAAUAAACUUAACAGUUCUUCAAAUCCAAGCCCCCAUUAGAACACUAAAAGUAGAAACGAGAGAAAAACUUAAAGCCUUAAAAAUACCAGAAAAACCGAAGAGGCCUCUAAGUCCCUACCUGCAAUUUAUUACUGAAAAGAGACCUGCUCUACUAAAAGACAAUCCAAAAAUGAAAUUGACCGAAGUUAUUAAAUUAUUAUCUACAGAAUGGAAAAGUGUGAGUGAUGAGAAAAAAGAAAAAUAUAAAGAGAAGUAUCAGAAAAAUUGGGAAGUGUAUAAUCAGGAAAUUGCAAAAUAUAAUGCUAACUUAAGUGAAGAACAAAAGCAGGCUAUGCAUGCUGCUACUACAGAAAAAAGAAAGGACAAGCAAAAGAGGAACCUUACAAAGCUAAUUAAGGAGACAGAAAAACCUAAGAGGCCAGUAGGACCUUAUUUGCUAUAUCUCAAAGAACAGAGUCUGGCUAAGAAUAUGUCUCAAAAGGAUUUGAUGGCCAGUCUGAAGGGACAGUGGGCAGCAUUGCCCGAAGCAGAAAAGAAAAAGUAUCAAGAUGAGUAUGUAAAAGAAAAUGAAAAGUAUAAUGUUUUACUAAGAAGCUGGGAAGAAAAAAUGAUAGCUGAGGGCCACAAGGAUCUUGUUAGAGCUAAAACAUUGCAAGAAAUCGAAGUUCGGCCUUCUAGGAUUUUGAAUGUCAAGAAAUCCAAACCUUCUGAUCAAUAGGAAUUCGAGUGUCUUCACUCAGAUCCACCCGCCACUGCGGGUGAAGACACGUUGUUUCACAUUGAAACAAAACCAAAAAAUGCCAAAGGUCUCGAAAAAAUUGGUGAUAAUUUUAUAAAUGAACAAGUACAUACUUCAUCAAAUUCUUUUAACAAUCGUACACGGAGACAUAAAUCUGAAAAUAAAGCAGACACAGCAAAUGAAAAUAAGCCUUCCAAACAAAUAUCUAGGAAUAAAGAUGAAAAAGCUGAAGCAUCUCAAAAAUUAUUUUCAGAAGAUCUCUCUAUGGACAUUUGCAAUUCUCAAAAUGUUUCGGAACGGACAGAAGCGGCGGGAAAGAAUGAUAAAAAUUUGAUGACCAAAAAUGGGAAACAAAUAGUUUUAGAUAAUCAGUCUAAACACAGUGACAAGGAGGUUAAGGAAAACAAAUCUGGAUUGGUCAACAAAUUUUGGAAAUUCUUUAAGAGGUCCUAAAUUUUAGAAGAAGGUGGAUAUAUUUUAUAAGAG